UCUAACAUAUGUUACUAGAAUUCUUUUUGACUCUGACUACCCUUAGGUGGUUAGAUGAUGCUAUUAUUGAUGAGAUCACACCCAAGCUGAUCGGGGAUCGGCCCAAUAUUUACACGUACACCAAGGCCUUGGGAGAGAUGGUGGUGCAGCAGGAGAGCGAGAACCUAAACAUUGCCAUCAUAAGGCCCUCCAUUGUGGGAGCAACCUGGCAGGAGCCUUUCCCGGGUUGGGUUGAUAACUUAAAUGGACCUAGUGGCCUCAUUAUUGCG